CUUCUGUCCUCCUUUCUGCCAUCAUGUGGUUCCUGCUCCUGUAUUUGCAAAUAUCAGCUAUUCAAGGUCUCAAUGUGACUUUACGUGGAUCUGAUAGCCCUUGUAUAGGCCGGCUGGAAGUGUACAACAAUAAGCAGUGGGGCUUAGUGUGUCAUCACGGGUGGAUAAAAGAGAAUGGAGAAGUUGUGUGUAGGACACUAGGGUGUGGAAAUCAUAACCGCUCUGAUAAAGAAAUGACCCUCUACAGAGGUCCACCUCUACCCCAACAAUAUUUGAUGGAUCACGUGCAAUGCACAUCUAAUGAAACAAGCCUUUGGAAAUGCCCUAUUGUUGAGACACAUGAAACAGCCUGCACAAAUGAUUUUGUUGCUGUUGAAUGCUCUGGAAAAGUUGAACUGAGGUUGAAUCUGAAUGAACAGCAUGAUAAAUGUGCUGGCGUGGUGGAGUUCUCAACGAACGACGGCAUCAUCGGGGUCUGUAAUGAUAAAUGGGAUAAAAGCAUAGCAAAAAGGAUAUGUGAGGAGAAUGGUUGUGGUGAUCAUUUUUACAUCCCUAAGCCUGGAAUAUUCAAAGUACAACAGAGAAAACGAAAUGUAAAGCUUAAUUGUCUUGGUAAUGAGAUCUACCCUUGGCAAUGUAUGGAGUGGUCAGACUGCAAGGAGCGAGCCAGUGUGAUCUGCACCAAGCACAAGAGGUUACGUCUACGAGAUGGCAGCCAUUUUUGCUCUGGCUUGGUGGAAGAGUACAGUGUUGAAAAAAAGGCAUGGGUUCUUCAUCAGACAAAUGAGAGGCCUGAAGUCAUCUGUCCACAACUGAACUGUGGUUCCACUGGACAUUUCACAAAGAAUAAUGGAACUAACAGACUGACAUGCUCAGACACCGUUAAACUCCGCAACUUCACCAAAAAGUGUUUUGGAGACGUUUCCAUUGAUCUGAAUGGCACUAACUAUGGAGUGUGCUUCAAUGAUCCGGCUCUGUCCCUUAAAAUGGGGACGGUGGUCUGUCGAGAGCUUGGCUGUGGCAAGGUGCUUCACAUGCAAGAGAACUCUGUGUUAAAUGAUUUGACAAUUAAUGUUGAGUGCCUGGGCAACGAGAUGUCACUGUGGCAUUGUCUAGUAAAUCGUGAGACAAAACAAUGCAAGGGAACCAAAGUUAUAUGUUCAGAAAGCUUGGAUGUCCGUCUGAGCGAUGGUCUGGGUCGCUGUUCUGGACGUGUAGAGGUGCAGUGGGAGGGCUCAUGGUGGUCCAUUGGCUCUGACUGGACCACUGGCUCUGUCUGGCCCACUGUGAAUUCAGACGUGGUGUGUCAACAUCUCAAUUGUGGUACAGCUAAUAAAACAACUACAGAACUUUUCAUCCAAGGAAAACAGCAGCAACUGGAAACGUGGAAAACGUGUGAAAGCUCUUCAGCAAAGCUCCAUGACUGUUUUGUUGGAACUUUCCCUGAGCCUCCUCCUUUCAGGCAAUCAAUCAGAAAACAGAAAAACAUAGAUAUCAUUUGCACAAAGGAAGAACUUAUGUCCUUUGAAGGUGAUGUUCCCUGUAAGGGAAGAGUACGCAUCGAGUCAUUUGGUGGUGGGACCCGCUGGCUGGUAAUGGGGGAAAACAACACAAACGCCAGCAACAUAUGCGACACAAUGCAGUGUGGACCUCCGAAUUUGCCACAAAACAACACACAUGCCAAUGUCACAUGUUCAGGAUCAGUAAAUGUGUCGCUUUCAGAAAAAUGCUGGGGAACGGUCGAGGUCUGCAGAAAUGGCACGUGUGGAGCGAUUUGCUCUUGGAAAACAAAAGAGGACUCCAAUAUGAUCUGUGGGAACCUGGGCUGUGGAGAACCAAUUCAAUACACAUUUCAACAUCAGAUAAAUAAUCAGUCUGUGAGGUACCAUAGUGUGUACUGCUCAGAAUCUGUGCAAAAUAUGAGCAUGUGCAAAUUUCUUCCCAAAAAAGACUCUACCUGCAGCAUCCCAGCCCAAGUGAUAUGCAAAGACAGCGUCAAAGCUAGACUGGAGGAUCCGAGAGACAAAUGCGCUGGAAAUGUGUCACUGUUUUACGCUGGGCAGUGGAUACCUGUCUGCCAAGAGAGUAAUCAGGAAAAACUUCAAACUGCAAUCUGCAGGCAACUGAAUUGUGGGGACAGACAGCAGGGAAAUCUUAAUUUGAAUAUGCUUGAGUCCCAAAUCAAAGGACUAUCAGGAAUUACGUGUCAGGAUAGUCCCGACUCUGUUUCCAAAUGUGACUUCAGUAAGGUUUCAUUUAAAGAAAAAUGUCCUGUAAUGUAUCUGAAAUGCACAGAUUGGGAACGAUUGCUCCUCUAUAAGAAGGAAGGUGAAUGCAGUGGUCCAGUAAUUGGUUUUAAAAAGGAAGAAACACAUCUCGUCAGAGAACAGGGUUGGGGCACAAAGGAAAAACAAAAGCUGUGCGAGUAUCUGCAGUGUGGAAACCACAGAACACACUUUCCACACAAAGAAUACGAAAAUCCGCGGUACACGGGCUGGUGGAAUAAGACCUAUAACUGCUCAGGGAAGGAGAACUUGUUGGAGUGCGAGAGCAGCGAUGAGCCCUUCCAGGGUCAGCACCAGUUAAACAUCCAAUGUGACCGUAUACCUCCAGCCAUUACGCUCUCAAAAAAUUGCACAGGCAAUGUGCUCAUAAAUAAGGAGCAUGUUAGUGCAUUUCAGUGGAAUGAUAAGAUGUCCGAGAAUUUAUGUGACUACCUCCGCUGUGGUAAUGCCAUCAAACACUGGAGCGUUAAAACAGAAAUACAAAAAUGCUGGCAUUUCAGCUGCACAGGAUUGGAGGCAUCGUUGUGGCAGUGUGGCUCUAAGGAAGGCAACUGUGAUAACAUCAUCUCUGUGGCCUGUAAAAAUGGUAUUAAAUUCGGAUCCACCGAGAAGUGUGGCGGUAAGCUUGGGAUCAAGUAUGAAAAUGAAUGGGAAUAUGUCUGUGGAAAUCUGAGUGAUGCUGAUGCUAAGAAGGUUUGUGAAGUGCUCCAGUGCAACAAUAAUCAAGAACUGCUGAAUGAACAGGUUAAAGCCAAGGAACCAAAGGUGAAAAUAAGUUGUCCAAAAAGCUACCACAACAUUGUUCAGUGUGUGAACCUUCUCACAACACCUAAAUGCAGUUCUGGAUAUGCUGACAUCAAAUGUGAAGGUUAUAUUCCGAAAACAGAAAAUUCUUUAUGGAAACUGAUAUUGGGUCUAUUAGGAGGCAUGCUGGCGUUGCUGAUUUUGUUUUUGAUGAUCAAAAAUCGGAAACGCCUACUUUUAGCUUUAAGUCAUUACAGAAAUAAGAAUGGCAAAGACAUCAAUGCUGAUAUGAAUGAAAUGGAUAAGGUGGAUACAGAGAAUGAAGAUCUGUCUGAACAAAAUGCAUUGUUUUUAGAUAAAGAUGAGUAUGAGGAUGUGGAUUCUCUCAUGGACAAGUCAGGAGAGGAGGAUGAAGAUGGCAGAAAGAGAGAUUCUUCUGGUACAGAAUAUGAUGACAUUGAGGGACAAGCCAAUGGAAUCUCUCCUUCUCAAACCCACCAUGACGACGAUCUAAACCUCCCUCUCCUUCCCAAGAGACCCGAAAACAUUCUUGAUCAGGACACCUAUGAAGUGGAGAAAGAGAAAGAGGAGGACUACGAUGAUGUCAUACCUAUCGAGGCUGCAGCCAAUGAAAAUACAGGGACGACAGGGACACAAGCACAUGUCGAUGUAGACGUGGAUGAAGGUGCAGGUGCAGGUGCAGGUGCAGAUUCAGAAGCAGGUCCAGGUGCCGAGGCUGUACUGGUGACCACAGAGGUAGAAGUUCACGCUCAACGAGAGCAAUGAAGCAGCCACGUGACCAAAUUGUGCUUUUAAGUUAAUGGUAAUAAGAGAUAAGAUUCUUUUUCAAAUAAGUAGAACAUUUGGAAGAUUAGACGGAUAAUAAAUGCUGAUGCUAACUCUCAAGAUUUAUCUCAAGAUGUAUAAUAUAAAAGAACGGACAUACAGGCAAAACUGAUUUGGAAUAAUGAAAUCUUUAAUUGAUUAUCUUUACAGCAGAGUAUGAUCAAAAGAGCCAGUCAAAUUGUAUGUAAUUAUUUAGGUUUUAAUAUGUAGUUGUUUUGUAAUUGUCUUGAUCUGUUUUAAUUUUUUUUUCUGUUUUGCUUCAUUUGUUUUUAAUCUGGUAAAGCUCAUGAGCAGGCCCACAUGAACUCGGCAGAAAACCGUGAAAUUAAAAUUUAAUAUAGGCUAUCCUGUUCAUUUGAUUUGGUAAUAUCUUUCAAAAUUCUACAAGAUCAAUGCUUUUAAAUUAUUUAAGACCGGAAGUUCACUGUCACCCAGAAACAAAAAUUAGCUGAAAAUGUCCAAUUUAUUGAAAAGUACAGAUCUGGAGACAUUUUGCAUUACAUCAUUUGCUCAAAAGUGGAUCCUCUGCAAGUGAGAUUCAUUGGUGAGCAAGUGAGUGCUAAACUUCUCCAGAUCUGUUCCCAUGAAGAAACUAUUCCUAUAUAACACCGUGUAAGAACAGUGGGAUAUCCAUUUAGUUUCCAUCCAUUUUUCUGGGUCAAUAACAAGGCAAACAUUAUCAUGUAAAAAUACAUUUAGUUAAGGAAAAGGAACAAAUUAAUUACAGUUUCCUUAAUGCUCCAUUAUAGUACUCAAUAAAUACAUUUAAAAAAAAAAUGCUCUCAAAGUCACAAAAAGUGAAAAUCUAGAGUAGGUGCUAUUUUGGCAAAAAAAUAUACACAGUAUAUUUUAUUUGGGCCGACUCAUGAGCAUGUGUAUUCAUUUUACUACAUCCUCACACUUUUUAAAGAGAUGUUACAUAUUUUAAAAUUAAUUCUAGUUUUAUACAAUUUUACAAUAUAACCUCAUUUUCUGUUUUGUAUAUAUUGUGAAAGAUUAAACUAUAAACUCAAAUAACGCAUUGUUUAGAAGUUUUGCAGCCAUUUUGUUCGAUCUGCCUUUUUUUUCUUCUUGUUUUGAAAAUUGCUUUUAUAGAUUUUCCAUAUUAAAAUUGAUUUCACAUUACAGU